CUCUAACAGUGCGAUUCCACCUAAUAAUCUCAAUUCAAUCUCACUUACAACUGUUUUCCAUCAUCAAUUUCAUCCAAUCUUAUGCUCUCAUCGAUGUAUUUAUUGUAUUCAGAUUCAAAAAUUUCGCUGUAGAGGCGCAAGUCCACGGCCACCAUUCACCGCCGUGGCACGGAGGUGAUUUUUGAUGCAACCGCUUUUCACCAUUGUUCUCAUUAUUACUUCAAUCACUACGAAUUGAGGCGAUACUUUGGAUGCUUAUAAUUGUUGCUACUUUAGUAGUGAUAUUGGCUUCUUCGGUAAGAAUUGGGUUUUUUUGGUUUUGAUGGGUUCUAAGCAGUGGCUACAACCAGCUCCAACCUAUCAUCCAUUGGAGACUUAUUGGGACACAGAAGAUGACGGUCCUGGUCGUCGUUGCGGUCACACUCUCACCGCCGUUGCACAAACGAAAUCUCAUGGACCUCGUCUCAUUUUAUUCGGUGGCGCCACCGCCAUUGGAGGUGGUCCGUCAUCUGCUGCCCCCGGCAUCCGGUUAGAUGGCGUCACGAACUCUGUUCAUGUAUACGAUGUUCUUACUAGGAAAUGGACCAGAAUUCGGCCUGCUGGGGAGCCUCCUUCACCUAGGGCUGCUCAUGCAGCAGCUGCUGUGGGAACCAUGGUUGUAUUUCAGGGGGGGAUAGGUCCUGCUGGGCAUUCAACAGAUGAUCUUUAUGUGCUUGACUUGACAAAUGACAAAUACAAAUGGCACAGGGUUGUUGUUCGAGGCCAGGGUCCUGGCCCUCGUUAUGGCCAUGUCAUGGAUUUGGUAGCCCAGCGAUACCUUGUUGCUGUUAGCGGCAAUGAUGGAAARAAAGUGCUUUCAGAUGCUUGGGCUUUGGAUACUGCUCAAAAACCAUAUUCAUGGCAGAGACUAAAUCCAGAAGGUGAUAAACCUUCUGCUAGAAUGUAUGCGACUGCUAGUGCUCGCUCAGAUGGUAUGUUUUUGCUUUGCGGUGGAAGAGAUGUCUCAGGCACGCCCUUAGCAGAUGCUUACGGAUUGCUCAUGCAUAGGAAUGGUCAAUGGGAAUGGACGCUUGCACCUGGUGUUUCGCCGUCACCGAGGUACCAACAUGCAGCGGUCUUUAUUGGUGCUAGAUUGCAUGUUACAGGAGGUGUUCUUAGGGGUGGACGAACGGUCGAUGGUGAAGCAGCUGUUGCAGUGUUGGACACUGCUGCCGGAGUUUGGUUAGACAGACAUGGCAUGGUGACUUCUACGCGCAAUAGUAAGGGCCAAGCUGAAGAUCCUUCUUUGGAGCUCAUGCGUCGUUGUCGGCAUGCCGCUUCAUCUAUCGGUACUCGCUUGUAUGUUUAUGGUGGUCUAAGGGGAGAUAUGUUGUUAGAUGAUUUUCUUAUUGCGGAGAAUUCACCUGUUCAGUCUGAUACCGAAUCUCCUAUGUUAACAUCUGAAAGCUCCUCAAAUAUGACGAGUCCCAGGAGAAACAAUUUUAGCCCGUUCGAUCCUAUGUCUCCUGCCAGUAGAUCAGAAAGUCCGUCAUCUGGUGGCCUAAGUAUGAACAGAGAAUCUAUGGAGAGGCUGGCUGAAGCUUCGGCUGCUGAAGCUAAGGCUGCUAAUGCCGUCUGGCAAGCUGCACAGGCACAGGCGGCAAAUCCCGAAGUAACAACGGUUUCAGAUGACUCGCAAGUGGCAGAGACCACUUCAGAGGGUAGUGAUACGGAGGGAGAUGUUAGACUUCACCCUAGAGCUGUUGUAGUUGCUAAAGAGACCGUGGGAAACCUUGGUGGUUUGGUUAGGCAGUUAUCCUUGGAUCAAUUCGAAAACGAGAGUAGACGAAUGAUUCCUUCGCAAAAUGACCUAUCGUAUCCAACCAAAAAGUUCACGAGGCAAAAGUCACCUCAAGGCUUGCAUAAGAAGAUUAUAUCUACGUUGCUUAGACCUCGGAACUGGAAGCCUCCUGCUAACAGGAGGUUUUUUCUCGAUUCUUAUGAAGUCGGAGAACUUUGUUAUGCUGCCGAGCAAAUCUUUUUGCACGAGCCAACUGUUCUUCAGUUGAAAGCUCCGAUUAAAGUGUUCGGCGAUCUUCAUGGACAGUUUGGUGAUUUGAUGCGGCUUUUUGAUGAAUACGGAUUUCCUUCUACUGCAGGAGACAUAACCUAUAUUGACUAUUUAUUCCUUGGCGAUUAUGUUGAUCGAGGACAACACAGCUUGGAGACRAUCACAUUGCUUCUUGCUCUAAAGAUUCAUUAUCCUGAGAAUGUUCAUUUGAUACGUGGGAAUCACGAGGCUGCUGACAUAAAUGCACUUUUUGGUUUCCGUCUUGAAUGCAUUGAAAGAAUGGGGGAGAACGAUGGAAUCUGGGCGUGGACCCGCUUCAAUCAACUGUUUAACCAUCUUCCACUUGCAGCACUUAUCGAGAAAAAGAUAAUUUGCAUGCAUGGUGGCAUUGGGAGGUCAAUACAUUCAGUUGAACAGAUAGAGAAAAUAGAAAGACCUAUAACCAUGGAUGCUGGAUCUCUUGUCUUGAUGGAUUUGUUAUGGUCGGAUCCCACGGAAAACGAUAGUGUGGAAGGUCUAAGRCCAAAUGCUAGAGGACCUGGUCUCGUCACUUUCGGGCCUGACAGAGUUACGGACUUCUGUAAGAGAAACAAACUUCAGCUAAUUAUAAGAGCUCACGAGUGCGUAAUGGAUGGGUUCGAAAGAUUUGCCCAGGGACAGUUGAUUACCCUUUUCUCGGCUACCAACUAUUGUGGGACUGCAAACAAUGCUGGAGCUUUACUAGUGGUUGGCAGAGGAUUGGUAGUUGUUCCAAAAUUGAUUCAUCCUCUGCCACCUCCACUUCACUCACCAGAAACAUCUCCAGAACAUGUUCAAGAGGACACCUGGAUGCAGGAGCUUAAUAAUCAAAGACCGCCGACUCCUACUAGGGGCCGACCUCAGCCUAAUCAUGACAGGAACUCACUUGCAUAUAUUUGAUUCGGGUAUUUUGCACAAUUUCAUAUAUACACUUUUAGCAGAGAGUAUAGCUGAAUAUGAAUAUUGAAGAGGAAGUCCCAAAGGCACACCAAAUAUGUAGCAUACAAACAAUAGGUGUGUUUAUAGGRGAGUUUGCUAUUCUGGGUUGGUGCUAGAGCCUAGAUAUGACCAAAUGACCAUUUCUUUGUGRGUGUUUUUGUACAUUCAGGCUUGAGGAAUCGAUGUGAAGAUGGUUGGAUGGUGUUGUGUAUUACUUGUAACAUUAAGUGAUGAAAUGAGUUUUUUGUAUUUGAAGUGUUGUAAGAGUGAGGGAUUUUAUAGAUGAAUUUUUUUUCAUGUUCCCAAUAGAAGAAACAUGAAGCUAA